UGGUGACGAUUGAAAUCGUUAAUACAGCAUUUUCAUCAACAAAACCGCGCCAAAGCGGAGCUUAGAAAGCGGGAAAAAGAAGACCAUGGCGGAGCAGCAGCUUCUAGGGAUGGGCUUUCCGGGAGACUUAGUCGCUCAAGCACUAACCAUUACCGGCGGCGAUAUCGUUAAAGCCACCGAGUGGAUUCUCAGCCACCGCAACAACCACCACAAGGAUUCCGGCGAAGAUUCUUCCAAUUUCAACCCCCCAAUUUCUCCAUCCUCUGAUUCCCCUAAUACUACUACUACCGCCGCCCAUGAUCAUCAUCCUUUCCAGCCCAAAAUCGAUCAAUUCUUUCAAUUUCCCUCUAAACCCCUCAGACCUACCCCCGUAUCAACACUUAAAGUCUUAAACCCUAAGGAGGGGGUGACCCCUGAAGAAGAAGAUAACGAACCUCAAUUACUCCGUUUAACAAAGCGUCCUAAAUUAGUAGAAAAUGAGCAAGGGAAAAAACAUGAACCAGCUCCGCCGCCUCAUGAACCGUUGGCCGAACGAAUGCGACCAUGGACCCUUGACGAGGUUGUUGGUCAAGACCACAUUUUGGCGCCAAAAUCCCUUCUUCGAUCAGCCAUUGAUUGAGGCCGUAUCCCUUCAAUACUUCUGUGGGGUCCACCAGGUACUGGCAAAACCUCCAUUGCUAGAGCCAUAGUUAACACUUGCUCUGUUUCUCAAGCUGGUGGUGGUAAUAAUAAUAAUACAUAUCGGGUUGUUUCCUUAUCCGCUGUUACUUCCGGUGUUAAGGAUGUUAGAGAUGCGGUUGAUGAAGCAAGAAGACUGAAAAAGAAAAUCAACAAGAGGACUAUUUUGUUUAUUGAUGAGGUCCAUAGGUUCAAUAAGGCCCAACAAGAUUCCUUUUUGCCGGUUAUUGAAGAUGGCAGUGUCAUUUUCAUGGGAGCAACUACGGAGAAUCCAUCGUUUCAUUUGAUUACGCCGUUAUUGUCCAGGUGCAGAGUCUUGACUCUCAAUCCCUUAAAACCCCACCACAUUGCUGCCCUACUUAGGCGCGCCGUGGCUGAUUCUGAUAAAGGGCUGUGCUUUUCUAUGGGAGAGAUGAUGAAAAUCGAAGUAAAUGAUGAGUGUAUAGAGUUUCUUUCGACUAAUUGUGAUGGUGAUGCUAGGGUAGCAUUGAAUGCCUUAGAAAUUUCAGCUACCACUGCUGCUGCACGGACGCGAAUGGCGAGAAGAUCAACCGGGGAAUUAGAGGAAAACACAGGAAAUGCUGACGAGUCUUGUUUGUCUGCAGUUAUAACUCUGGAUGAUGUAAAAGAAGCAUUGCAAUGUAAGCAUUUGGCUUAUGACAGAGCAGGGGAUGAACACUAUAAUCUUAUCAGCGCACUUCACAAAUCUAUGAGAGGAAGUGAUGCUAACGCUUCCAUUUAUUGGUUGGCUAGAAUGUUGGAAGGGGGCGAAGAGCCUCUUUACAUAGCGCGCAGGCUGGUCAGGUUUGCUAGUGAAGAUGUUGGGUUAGCCGAUCCAUCGGCUCUUUGCCAGGCUGUCGCUUGCUACCAAGCUUGUCAUUUUAUUGGCAUGCCCGAGUGCAAUGUUAUCCUUGCUCAGUGUGUUGCUUACUUGGCCUUGGCUCCUAAGUCUAUUGCCGUCUAUAGAGCAAUAGGGGCAGCUCAAAAAGUGGUAAGGGAAUCAGUUGGACAAAAUGAAGGGGUGCCCCUUCAUCUUAGGAAUGCACCAACUAAGCUAAUGAAAGAUCUUGGUUAUGGAAAGGACUAUAUUUAUCCUCCUGACAAUCCAGACUCAUCGCCCCAGACUUACUUGCCACCAUCUCUUCAAGGUUAUAAGUUUCUUGAUUGGCCAAGUGUUGCAGAAAAUGAUCGACGAUGAGAAUCACAUGACAAUGUUAUGGCUUUCUGAAAAUAGCUGCUUUUGCGGGUUAGCACUGUUUCUUCUCCCUUUUGUCUUGAUUUCUCUUGUUUUGGGAAUUGUUAGUGAUCAGAGAAAUCUUUAGCAAUUGUGAGCCACUCUGUAGUUACUUUUUGGGAACUUUUUGAUUUUGUUGUGAGUGGAGGAGGAGAAAAGAAACUUACUGGUUUUGAGGGAUUGAAUGAUUCCAUUUUGGUUAUAGUUUUGUCAGAAUCUAUGCAUCCCCUCUCUUUUUUUAUU